AGAAAAAGAAUAGUUAGAUUUGCACUGAGCAGAAAAAUUGGGCAUCGUCGAGUUGAAGCAUAUCACUCGCGAGUCGCGAUUCCAACACAGCCGAUCCCUGAUCUCGUUGUUUCACACUCACCGAUUUCCUUUCUUUCUCCAUUUCCCUCCAGUCUUGCCCUAACAAAGCAUCUCCAGUUCCUUUGCAAGAAUUCAGAAAUCCCAAACGACUGAACCUAGGAAAUCAAAUGCCAAUAAUUUCUAUAAUAGGCGUUGGAUUCGAUUCUCUGAUUCUGAGCUCCAGCCCACGCCUCAUCAGCAAACUUUCCUGAAUGGUUGAAUCCAUGGCUCCGCUCCGCUCCGCUGGAAUUGUUGAUCCGGGAUGGGAGCAUGGUGUUGCUCAAGAUGAUAGGAAGAAGAAGGUCAAAUGCAACUAUUGUGGAAAGGUAGUUAGCGGUGGGAUAUAUAGGUUAAAGCAACAUUUAGCUCGAGUAUCUGGAGAAGUCACUUAUUGUGAUAAGGCUCCAGAGGAUGUAUAUCUUAGAAUGAAAGAAAAUUUGGAGGGAAGUCGUUCCAAUAAGAAAGCUAAACAAUCUCAAGAUGAUGCGCAAGCUUAUUUGAAUUUCCAAUAUGAGGAUGAAGAUGAGCAUGUUGCCUUUAAAAGCAAAGGGAAACAAAUGAUAGGUGAUGAGAAUUUGGUGGUAAAUUUAACGCCAGUUCGGUCACUAGGUUAUGUUGACCCUGGGUGGGAACAUGGUGUUGCUCAGGACGAGAGGAAGAAAAAGGUCAAGUGUAAUUAUUGUGAGAAAGUAGUCAGUGGUGGUAUUAACCGAUUUAAACAACAUUUAGCCAGAAUUCCAGGUGAGGUAGCUCCUUGUAAAAACGCUCCUGAAGAAGUAUAUCUUAAAAUAAAAGAAAAUAUGAAAUGGCACCGAACUGGCAGGAGACAGAGACAGCCUGAUACCAAGGCAAUGUCUGCUUUAUAUAAGCAAUCUGAUAAUGAAGAUGAAGAUGAUGAGCAAGAACAAGAUGAUCUCCUUCACAAGAGGAAGGAAAGGCUGGUAAUUGGUGAUAAAAGAUUCAGCAACGAUUUGAGACUGACUUACAAGGGGAUGACUUCUAGUAAUGGCUCAGAACAGACAUUUAAAAAAUCAAGGCUGGACUCUGUUUUUCUCAAUACACCAAAUAAUCUAACACCACCUUCUUGCAAACAGUUAAAGAUGAGAACUAGGUCCUGCAGAAAAUCUCGUAAGGAAGUUAUUUCUGCAAUUUGCAAAUUUUUUUACCAUGCAGGAGUUCCAUUACAAGCAGCAAAUUCCCUGUACUUCCAUAAGAUGUUGGAGCUGGUUGGUCAAUAUGGACAAGGUUUGGUUGGCCCUCAGAGCCAUGUCAUGUCUGGUCGCUUCCUACAGGAGGAAAUCGCAACAAUUAAAAACUACCUAUUUGAGUAUAAGGCAUCCUGGGCAAUCACUGGGUGUUCUAUAAUGGCAGAUAGUUGGAUGGAUCUCGAGGGUAGGACGCUGAUCAAUCUUUUAGUUUCUUGCCCCCACGGUGUGUACUUUGUAGCUUCAGUUGAUGCCAGUGAUAUGCUAGAAGAUGCUUUAAGUCUGUUCAAGUUAUUGGACAAGGUGGUGGAAGAGAUGGGUGAAGAAAAUGUUGUGCAGGUAAUCACUGAGAAUACUCCCAGUUAUAAAGCUGCUGGCAAGAUGCUUCAAGAGAAGAGAAGCAGUUUAUUCUGGACCCCAUGUGCCACCUAUUGUAUUGAUCAAAUGCUUGAAGAUUUUCUAAAGAUAAAAUGUGUAGGAGAAUGCAUGGAGAAAGGCCAAAAGAUUACAAAACUCAUAUACAACUGCAUGUGGUUGCUAAAUCUUAUGAAAGAAUUUACCCAGGGGCAGGAACUUCUGAGGCCAGCAGCUACUCAAUGUGCUUCUAGCUUUGCAACUUUACAGAGCGUGCUGGAACAUAGGACUAGUCUAAGAAGAAUGUUUCAGUCCAGUAAAUGGGCUUCCUCUCGGCUCUCCAAAUCAGAUGAGGGAAAAGAGGUAGAAAAGAUUGUAGCAAAUGCUCCAUUUUGGAAGAAGGUACAGUAUGUUUGUAAAUCAGUAGAUCCAGUAAUGCAAGUGCUGCAAAAGAUUGAUAGAGGCGAAAACCCUUCAAUGCCAUACAUAUAUAAUGACAUGUUUAGAGCAAAGCUUGCAAUCAAAAUCAUUCAUGGAGAUGAUGCACGUAAAUAUGGGCCAUUCUGGAGUGUGCUGGACAAUCACUGGAACUCGUGGUUGCACCAUCCUUUAUACAUGGCUGCUUACUUCUUGAACCCAUCAUACAGAUACCGUUCUGAUUUUUUGGCGCAUUCAGAGGUGAUGCGUGGAUUAAAUGAUUGCAUUCGUAGGCUGGAGCCAGAUAAUGUGAGACAGAUUUCUGCAUCCAAGCAGAUAUCUGAUUAUAAUUCUGCAAAAGGCGAUUUGGGAACAGAAUUGGCAAUUAGCACAAGAACGGAGCUUGACCCAGCUGCAUGGUGGCAACAACAUGGGAUAAGCUGCUUAGAGCUGCAGCGAAUAGCUGUCCGUGUGCUAAGUCAGACUUGCUCCUCUUUUGGGUGUGAACAUUCCUGGAGCAUAUAUGAUCAGAUCCAUAGCCAGAGGCAGAAUCGCUUUGCUCAGAAAAGGUUGGAUGACCUUAUGUUUGUUCAUUAUAACUUGCGACUUAGGGAAUGCCAAUUAAAGAAAAGGUCCAGCAGCUCAAUGUCCCUUGAUGGUCUGUUGCUGGAGCGCUUACUAAAUGACUGGAUUGUAGAAGCAGAGAAGCAUUCCUUUCAAGAAGAUGAGGAAGUCGUUUACAGUGAAAAUGGAGCAACAUUUGAAGACAGAUGUGAAGAUGAUUUGAUUGAUUAUAAUGAGGGAAUUAUGGAGGCGCAGAAGGGGACGGGGCCACUUGAGCUAGUGGGUAUGGCUGAUAUUGAACCCUUGGAUGUUAAUCCUGCUAAUGCUGGUGGCACCACUGAUGAUGACAACGACAAUGAUGAUCAUAAUUUUUUUGAUGAUAAUUUGAGUGAUUAAAUUAUAAAAUUUAGACGGUUAAAAUUACUGGAAUUGCUGUACAACUCUACUCUUCUCCCUUGAUUGUCAAUUUAUUUUGGGGAAAUCAGCUGGAAAUUGAUUUGAGCCUCUACUA